CCACUGGGGCACGCACAUGCGCACAGGCUGGCGGUAAUCUCAGCAUCCACACGCACACACACACACACACACACACACACACACACUUGCAAGCAUACAGACAGAGUGAGGAGAGAAAGGAGAGAGCAGCGGAAGGUGCAGGGAGGAGAGAGAGAGAGAAAGGAAGACAUCGCAGAGAGCGGCGCCACUAGGAGAGGACCAUGCUGGAUUGACUGCACAGAAGCAACCACAAUCAAUGGCUCGCCUUUGAAAUCGUUCAAAAAUUAUCGGAAAGGAGUGGAGCGGGAAAAAAAACGAGCGACGAGAGAGAGAGAGCGAGAGAGUGGGGUGGAAUUAAAGAUCCCCCCUUUUUUCCUACCCCAAACAUGGAGCUUACAAUGGAGAACAUUGGUAACCUGCACGGCGUGCCCCACUCCCACCAAAGCGGCGACCUCAUGAACUCCCCCCAUGCACGACAGUCGUCGGCGUCCCACCGGAACUUGGUGUCCUCUCACGGCCGCUCGGCUAUGGUGUCCAGUAUGGCCUCCAUCCUGGAGGGGGCCGGUGACUACCGUACGGACCACGCACUCUCCGGGCCCUUGCACCCGGCCAUGACCAUGUCGUGCGACUCGGGCAUGAGCCUGAGCAGCACCUACACCACGUUGACGCCGCUACAGCACCUGCCACCCAUCUCGACAGUGUCGGAGAAGUUCCACCACCCGCACCCGCACGCUCACCACCACCACCCGGCGCACCAGCGUCUGGCGGCGGGCAACGUGAGCGGCAGCUUCACGCUGAUGAGGGACGACCGCAGCCUCGCCUCCAUGAGCAACCUCUACGGCCACUACCCGAAGGACAUGUCCGGCAUGGGCCAACCUCUGUCGCCGCUCUCUAACGGUCUCGGGCCUUUGCACAGCUCACAGCAAUCCCUUGGCGCCUACGGCCCGGGAGCUCACCUCUCCAACGAUAAGAUGCUCUCCGCUGGGGGGUUCGACUCCCACGCAGCCAUGCUCUCCAGAGGUGAGGAGCACUUGGCGCGGGGCCUCGGUGGCCACGGAGCCGGGCUCAUGUCAUCCCUGAACGGCAUACACCACCACAGCCAUCCGCACUCUCAGGCAAACGGCUCCAUGCUGUCAGACCGGGACCGGCAGACGGUGGUGGGGGGAGCUCAGGGGGGAGGCUCCGGCCAGGUGGAGGAGAUCAACACCAAAGAGGUGGCACAACGAAUAACGGCCGAGCUCAAGCGCUACAGCAUCCCGCAGGCCAUAUUCGCCCAGAGGAUCUUGUGCCGCUCCCAGGGAACUCUGUCCGACCUGCUGCGGAACCCUAAACCGUGGAGUAAACUCAAGUCCGGCCGGGAGACCUUCAGGCGAAUGUGGAAGUGGCUCCAGGAGCCAGAGUUCCAGCGGAUGUCGGCGCUGAGGCUUGCAGCCUGCAAGCGCAAAGAACAGGAGCAACACAAGGACCGCAACACGGCACCCAAGAAGCAGCGCCUGGUCUUCACCGACCUGCAGCGACGCACACUCAUCGCCAUCUUCAAAGAGAACAAGAGACCAUCCAAGGAAAUGCAGAUCACCAUCUCCCAGCAGUUGGGCCUGGAGCUCAGUACCGUCAGCAACUUCUUCAUGAACGCCAGGCGCCGCUGUGUGGACCGCUGGCACGACGACCAUGGCACCAGCCCGGGGCAGCCGGGCACCUCCGCCACCACGUUCUCUAAGGCUUGAAAGGAGGAGGAGGAGUAGGAGAGGGCCCUCAGAUGGCCGGGCAUGUAGGUUGGAAGAGCAGGUGUAGCACACUGGAAUUGAGACCCUGCCUAUGAUAACCAUUCCUGGCCUGGACCACUCUGACAGCGUCAUCUGCCCGAGAAAUCCUUUGUGCCAUGCAAUCAUCUUUUCUUGUCGGUCAAAAAUUCAAGCUCUAAAAGGUGAAGUCAGGUCAAGUCUGUAUUACUCUCAUAAGGACAAUCAUUGAUUAUGUCUUUUUUGAAAGAAAAUCAUCCUUAGGGCAUCUUUGUUUCAGACAAAGUAAAGAGACACCAAAGAUUUUUUGUUGUUGGACAGUACUGGGCACAAGCUAGCCUCCUUCACCACCGACGUAGCCACUGAUCCUGCUUUUUGCCCCCUACCAAUUGACCUCUUUGUGUCCACUCUUAUAUCCCUCCGUAGAAGCCAAAAAAAAAAAACGGCAAUAAAUCUGACAGAGCAGCACAUAGCCUUAUUAUCCAAGCCCUAUACUGCACACGCGCUCUCAAAACCCAAGAAUGAUGUAGUCUGUAAAAAAAAAACAAAAAAACCCAAAGCUUUCCAGUUCCCUCCGCCCCCUCAUCCUAUAAUCUUCCUCAUUCCUCGGCCUAAGGUAUUCCCUGAUGGUCAUCCAUUGCAGAAAGCAGCUCAAGCCCGAUCAUACGGCGAGCUAAUGAAUUGAAAAAUGAAUCGAUGCAGACAGAGCGGGCAAGGCCUUGACCUCUCCCUCAAGGUGAAAAACCAAGAUGCUCAACAGCAGCAGCAGGUCUUCCAGGCACAGGUCUACAUAUAUAUAUUUUGCACAGAUGUUGGCCUGUAGAGGGAAGACCUGUCAUUGUAAGUCUGAACCGAGAGGUUCUCUGACUGGGAAGAGGUGGGCAAUAAGUCUGGAAAUGCUCUUUUGUUCAGUUAGGAGCUUUUUCUCUGAUCAAUAACCCAGAAAGCGGCGGUUAAAGCGACAAAAACAUGCUCAGGCAUCCGUCCAGUCGCUAUAGGGAAAGCACUCAAUGGAGAUGGGGACACAAAGGGACUCAGAGCGCCUCCCUUCAAAGAUCAUUUACUUGUAGAGCCACAGUGCACCCUGCUGGCCAAAGUGUAGACAUAUUCAGGCACUGGCUGAUCAAUAACUUAGCUAUUGUCCCAGCUAAAGCAGAGGGGGAUGGACAAAGGUGAUCCUAAAACUGCAGGGAUUGACCAACCCAACAAAUGUCAAAAACAGGAGAAGGGGACAAUACAAUACAAAGAAGAUGCAUUAUAUUUCCUAUAGGAGGCUUCCUUGUUCGUCAUCUCAUAUUUCCAAAAACACAAAGGUUAGACGUAGCCAAACCAAGCUGUCCAAAAUGCUACAAUAAAUUUGUGCCAAUGCUUUACUGCCUUAAUUCCAAUCAGUGACAUUUGGUGUUUGUCACCACAGCAACCAAAAAUCUAUUUAUUUUUUUCUAAUUAAGGCAAACCUCAAAAGACAAGCUGUACAUGUUGCAAACACAAAGAAAGUCAGGCGCUUUUUUUUUUUCUUUUCUACCUCCUCAAACCCCCUCCCCUUUGACCCUUUCCUCCAUGAUGAUGCGGGUAUUCAAUUAGUACCAUAGACACAAAGUUUCUAUUUCUUGUUACAACUGUGCUCUGUUGUGUGCAUAAAAGUAAGGCACCUUGUUGAUGAAUCAAAAACAAAAAAGUAGGACUUUCUUAAAAGCAAAAACAAAAAGGGGGUGGUGGGGUGCAAGGAUGGUGGCUGAUGGACAUUUUUUUGCUUUUUUUGACAUUCAAUGGGACUCUGAGGAGACAUUUACCACGAGAAACAGGGAGAAGAAGUAGUGACUUUUCCUCGGCAUUUUUAUGCCAGCAACUGUGGUGUUUUUUGGAGCCCAUAAAACAGAUGGGAGUACCAAAAAAUGACGUUCAAAAUGUGCUUCGAGGGGGAUCUGUAUGGUCUAAAGAUGCAAUUGUAGCAUUUCCAACAAUGUAGUCAUACUA